AUGCCCCCUGCUGCAGCACAACCACCGUCCAGGGCGUUGAACGCCAUCCUUCCUCUCAUUACGUCUGGCCAGGCAUACGAGGCACACCAGAAAGCCCGCACAUUCGCUUCGCGAUACCAGAAAUCGAAUCAGUACGACACAGCUAUUGAUGUUUUGUUUCAGUCGGCUAGGGAGUUAUUGAAGGCGGGGCAGCAGGGAAGCGGGACUGAUCUGGCAUGUUUUAUGCUUGAUGUAUACGAGAACAAAGGAGAAAACGUGAACGACGAGAGCCGAGGACGCAUCACUCAGCUAAUUGCUCUGACUGGACCGUCUGGGUCAUGGAGAAAGUCGAUCAUUGACAAGGCUGUUGCCUGGUCAGCAAAACAUGGCUCCUGUCCUGCAGGCGACCCCGAUCUCCAACACUACAUUGGGGAGUUGUUGUACAGAGAGGGCGCAUUUGAUAGUGCUGAGCUGCACCUUCUAGCGGCUGGGAAGCGUGACAGCGCUCGAUUACUCGCCCAGAUGUAUGCUGAAUGGCUCGCGAACGGUGGAACGCCUGGCGCAUUUGGAUUGAGGGGAGUAAUACCGUACCUUCAGAACGGCAACAUACUGGCCGCACGAAGCUUCCUUACACAAUACGUUUCUCAACUUACAUCCGCGAAUCCCGCCCUCAUUUCCUCACAGCAGUCAGCGCCUAUUCCAGUCGGCAAACCCGAAGACGGCGACGAGAUCAUAUUCACUACAGAUUCUGUGCUUAACUUUGCGCAGUUGGCGGUGCGAACAUGCCAGCGCGCACAAGGCACGCAGAAUAAGGCGAUGCGUGAAGCAUGGGUGAGACUAUGUGGAACAUACCAGAGUAGAGGCGGGCUGAUGGCAACUAGAGAAGUACGAAAGGCUGUAAUCGAGCUAGCGGAGCUCUAUUUCUCCAUUCCUCCACCGCGGACGCAGCCCGCCAAUCCGCUGAACGACAUGCUCUCGGCAAUGUUCGGUGGCGCUCCGACGACUGCAGCGUCUGUCAGAAGGGUUCUGUCCCCUCCCCCAACAACGAAGCCCCCAGGGUUAGACUAA